GGAGGGUGUAAGUCAGUGAGAGGGAGGCGGAAUGCAACAGGCUGAGCUCUGUAGUCGCUCCGAGACGGACUUCUGAUUCCCAAAUGCAACGCGCAGUCUUCUUCUCAGCUCUUCCCUCCCCUUUGCUGAUUUCUCCUCUCUAAGCACUGCUGUGUUUUCUCUGUUACAUUCCGUCUCUGAAUCUGGUGCUGGAUGCUAAACACUUCCUGGGCUUCCUCCUGGUUUCUUUGUCUGCAAGUCCUCUGUGGUGCACCAGGAGAGCAGUCUUCGGGGCUGGAUGGCAGUGCCUUGUUGCAGAAUUACCCCUGAUUUUCUGAGACAUCCUUGAACAACAUUUUGCUUCGCAAUGGCAACAAACAGAGAACACCAAGUGCGUCACAUGGCGGGCUUUCCUCGCGCCAUGUAUCCGUUCACCUUUAACUCCAUGAAGGGCCACUCUCCUUUUGACCUGCUGGCCAGCAGUCACCUUUUCAGCCGGUUUGGAGCUGACCUGCCCAAAGAAAUGGCUGCUUUGUCGGUGGAGACGCAGAGCACCAGUUCAGAGGAGAUGGUGCCCAGUUCUCCUUCUCCUCCACCUCCUCCCCGGGUCUACAAGCCCUGCUUUGUGUGCCAGGACAAGUCAUCUGGUUAUCACUACGGAGUGAGCUCCUGCGAGGGCUGCAAGGGUUUUUUCCGGCGCAGCAUCCAGAAGAAUAUGGUCUAUACGUGCCAUCGAGACAAGAACUGCCAGAUCAACAAAGUGACUCGCAACCGCUGUCAGUACUGCCGGCUGCAGAAGUGCUUUGAGGUCGGCAUGUCCAAAGAAGCGGUGCGUAAUGACAGAAACAAGAAGAAGAAGGAUGUGAAGGAGGAGAUCACGCUGCCAGAGAGCUACGAGCUCAGUGGAGAGCUAGAGGAGCUGGUUAACAAAGUCAGCAAAGCCCAUAAAGAAACCUUCCCGUCUCUAUGUCAACUAGGAAAAUACACCACAAACUCAAGUGCAGAGCACAGAGUACAGCUGGACUUGGGCCUUUGGGAUAAAUUCAGUGAGCUCUCCACCAAGUGCAUUAUAAAGAUUGUGGAGUUUGCCAAGCGGCUUCCAGGCUUUACUACACUUACCAUCGCUGACCAGAUCACUCUCUUGAAAUCUGCCUGCCUGGACAUUCUGAUGUUAAGGAUAUGCACUCGCUACACUCCAGAGCAAGACACCAUGACGUUCUCCGAUGGCCUGACCCUCAACAGAACCCAGAUGCACAACGCCGGCUUUGGCCCUCUCACAGAUCUGGUGUUCGCCUUCGCCGGCCAGCUGCUGCCUUUGGAAAUGGACGACACAGAGACGGGGCUGCUCAGCGCAAUCUGUCUCAUCUGUGGAGAUCGAAUGGACUUGGAGGAGCCUGAAAAGGUGGACAAGCUGCAGGAGCCGCUGUUGGAGGCCCUGAAGAUCUACACUCGCCGCAGACGCCCAAACAAACCUCACAUGUUUCCCCGCAUGCUGAUGAAGGUCACAGACCUCAGAGGAAUCAGCACCAAAGGUGCAGAAAGAGCCAUAACCCUGAAGAUGGAGAUCCCAGGCCCCAUGCCUCCCCUGAUCAGGGAGAUGCUGGAGAACCCAGACGUCUUUGAGGACAGCAGCGACUCCUGCGACAGCGCCGCAGCUCCUCCGCCCGCCGUUCCAGCCAUCAAGCAGGAGGAGAAGCCCACCUAUGAGUCUGCAUUCGAGGAGGAGGAGGAAGAUGACGACUAUUGGGAUGAGGAGCGAGAACGCGGGGCAGACAGUGAUGGAGAGCAGUGGGGGGUUGCGGCGGCGGCGGCCGUGCAGAAGAAGGCGGCGACAGGGAAAACGCAGUGAGACACCAGUAGGAGCUUCUUCCUCUGACAAAGCUCAGACUCAACAUCAUCUCCUGAAAAAAUGACAGAUUUAGGUUUAAGACAACCUAAGCAAUGCUUGUUUGUUUUUUUAUUGACCUGUACAGAGACUUGAAUUCAGCGUAGAAAAAAAGAUUCAAAAUAAAAUCCCUGCAUUUCAGUGGAUGGAUAAGGGCAGCCUUAAAGCAAACGUUGAGCCCGUAACUGUUUUUAUACCAUUUCUUUCUGUGUUUUUUUUUCCUUCAGAGACAAAUAAAAGAUGCACUGCUUUGCUUUAUAUCAAGGGCUAUGCUUUGUAUAAAAUUGAUGGUAUGAAUGCAUGUUAACUCUUUCAUGUCCAUGUGAUGUGCCAUAAACAUUCUCACAAAUGUACUUUUUUUUUUUGUUAUGCAACUUAUUUUUUUCAUUGUAUGUAUUUUAUGAGGAUGUAGACUCUAAAUCUUGUGGGGGGUUUUUGGACUGAGAGGAUGUUGUGUUUAUGAAACAUUGUUGGACAACAAAGCGAAAAAGCAGUUUCAGGAAAAUUAUCAGGGAGACUAGAUUUUCAACGAAAAUGAGAAAAUCCUAAUUAGAAGCACCUGCUACAAUUGAAUCUUCCAAAAAAAAAAA